UGCGGCCGGAAGUGGAAGCGGCCGCGCGACCGCCCGAGGCGCCUCAGCGGCGGGUCCCGGAGGAUCCCGGCGGGUCCCGGAGGAUCCCGGCGGGUCCCGGAGGAUCCCGGCGGGUCCCGGAGGAUCCCGGCGGGUCCCGGCGGGUCCCGGCGGGUCCCGGCGGGUCCCGGCGGGUCCCGGUGCUGCCGGCGGGGGCGGCAGCGGCCCCCCCGCGCCCUCAGGGCCGCCCGAAGCGCCGGGCGCGGGCGGUCCCCGCGCUCCCUGCCUGCCUCCCGUAUCCAGGGACUCGGCCGCGUUGCUGAGGGGCCGCCCCGACCCGGCCAUGGUGCGGCUGCACGUCAAGCGCGGCGGCGAGAGCCAGUUCCUGCUGGAGGCGCCGGGCAGCGCCCGCCUGGCCGAGCUGGCGCCGCUGGUCGCCCGCAUCCACAACGGGCGGCUGAAGGUGCAGCGCCUGUGCUCAGAGAUGGAGGAGCUGGCAGAGCACGGUGUUUCCUUACCUUACAAUAUGCAAGGGCUGACAGAUGAGCAGAUCCAAGAGCUGAAGUUAAAGGAUGAGUGGGCAGAGAAGUGUGUCCCAAGCGGUGGAAGCAUCUUCAGGAGGGAUGAAAUGGGCCGAAGAAAUGGAUUUGCUCCGAAUGAAAAAAUGCAGCAAGUUAUAAAGAAGACUAUAGAAGAAGCCAAGGCAUUAAUCUCUAAGAAACAAGUUCAGGCCAACGUGUGUGUGAAUAUGGAGAUGGUGAAAGAUGCAUUGGAGCAGCUCCGAGGGGCUGUGAUGAUUGUGUAUCCAAUGGGAUUGCCUCCACAUGAUCCAGUUAGGAUGGAGCUCGAAGAUAAAGCAGACCUGUCAGGAACUCAUGCUGGAACUGAAGUUAUAAAAGAAUCGGAAGCACAGUUGUGGUGGGCAGGAAAGCAGUUGGAAGAAACAAAGUUGCUCUCUGACUAUAUAGGCAAAAAUGAGAAAACAACCAUCAUUGUCAAGAUCCAGAAAAAAGGACAAGGCGCUCCGGGGCGGGAGCCUGUGAUCAGCCAUGAGGAGCAAAAAGAGAUGAUGCUAUACUACCACAGGAGGCAGGAGGAGCUGAAGAAACUGGAGGAGGAGGACGACGACUCCUUUCUAAAUGCUGAGUGGGCAGACAGCCAUGCUCUGAAAAGGCAAUUUCACGGUGUAAAAGACAUCAAGUGGGGUCCAAGAUGAAGCUCUGCAAACCCCUUCUUAAGCUGCUCGGUUGAUGCUCUUGUUUGCAAGCAAGAAGUUGUGUUGUGUGUGGUAGAUUCUUCUGACAGCAGCUGAAGUUGUCGCUUCUGUGGCCUUAGGUGUUCAAUAAAUGUUCAUAUUUCUCUGUGAGUGCAGCUGCAUUUUGCAAAGAAAUGAACAAAUUCUCUUGACAUUUGGUAUUUUAUUAGAAACCUGUCAUUUGGAUAUGGAAAUGUCAAUCUGUUUCAUAGCUAAAUGAUCUAGUAAAUGUGCACUGGAAUGUU